AUGUGUUUCGGCAGCAAAGCCGACAGGGAUGAUGCGCCUGCACCUCGCCCAGCGCAACGUCCUCCAUCCGCACAACAGCAACAGCACCAGCACCAGCAGGACAUCAAAAUGAGCAGCGGCGGCAAUCAGCAGUACGCCCCUCCGGCUGGGCCCCCGCCCGGUCAGGCUUCCGGUGAGACAUAUGCGCCUCCGAGCGGCCCGCCUCCGAGUCAUUCGUACGCUCCCCCGAGUGGACCGCCGCCGGGCCGGAGUGAUGGCGACUUUGCACCUCCGUCGGGGCCGCCGCCUAGUCAAUCGUACGCUGCACCGCCCGGUCCGCCUCCCUCUCACGGCGACUACGCACCUCCUUCUGGCCCUCCGCCCGCUGGGCCGCCUCCUUCCCAUCAACAGGGCGACUAUGCAGCACCGCCCGGCCCUCCGCCGUCCCAUCAGGACUACACCGCGCCGCCACCUGGUCCUCCGCCGUCGCAGUCGAAGCCGAAGCAUGACUGGGAGGUCGCCGUCCCCGACACAUCUCUGUUUCCCCCGCCGCCCGCUUUCUUCAGCGGCUGGGACCGGUCGCCCGCCAACAACUCCACGGAGAAGGAGGCCGAGGCGGGCGAGAAAUGGGUCAGGACGUACCCUCUCGUCGAGCCCAUCCACCUCGAUUCCGCAGCCUUGCAAGCCCUUCAGGCGAAUCGUAUCUCUCUGUUGCAACCUCAAGAUUUCCGCGGAUCCCUCAACCAAGUCGCCCCCGGCGUCUGGGAAGCCUCGACGCCGAAGAACGCCCCUGAUGGCACCAUCAUCGGCUACCCGCCCCUGUACUCCGUGAGGAAUCACUCGCCACUGGCCACCGGGCGGAAGUUCACGGCCUACUACGAGGUUCAGAUCCGUGAGAGCGGCAACAAAGAGAUCGACGUCGCUCUCGGUUUCACGGCGCUGCCGUACCCCAACUUCAGGCUUCCCGGAUGGCACCGAGGCAGUCUCGCGAUCCACGGUGAUGAUGGGCACAAGUACAUCAACGACAGGUGGGGCGGCAAGUCCUUUACCACUCCUUUCCGCGCUGGCGAGAGGCUCGGUGUUGGCAUGAUGUUCGCAGCCAAGGACGGCAGAGUCACUGUUGACGUCUUCUUCACCCGCGAUGGCAGGGUCUCGGGAAGCUGGAACUUGCACGAGGAAAUCGACUUGGAGCAGGAUGGCCCGGUUGACGGGUUGGAGGGUUUCCAUGACUUGAGUUGCGCGAUUGGUUCUUUCAACAGGAAUAUCUACGAGGUCAUCUUUGACCCGAGUCGGUGGAAGUAUCAGCCUUGA